UUCGUCCAGCAGCUGAGAUGCGAGGCGUGUGGUGGGCGUUCCAGUGGUGCUCGCUGUUUUUUUUCUUCUCCGCGUCGCACAUGUGCAUGCAUCGCAGGAGCGCGUUUGAGCAGGGGCGCACCGCAUACCACUGGGUUUGUUUUUCCUGCAGGAUGUGGAUGUGGCAGCAGGAGAUGCACAGUGAACAGUGAAAAUCCAUCAAUGUAAACCUAAAACAGCACCGCGACUGUCCUCCUUUUUUCCAUGGACUAACGGGUCAGUUGGCCAGCGUUAGCUCCCAGCCGCCAUGACAGAGUCGUCAGAGGUGCAGAAGAAGUGGCUGGCGGUCAGGGGCCGCCUGGGCUCCUCCCAGGACUCAGACCCCCCGCCCGAGGCCAACCUGGAGAGCGCCGACCCGGAGCUGUGCAUCCGGCUGCUGCAGGUGCCCACCGUGGUCAACUACUCUGGGCUGAGGCGCCGGCUGGAGGGCAGCGACCAGGCGUGGAUGGUGCAGUUCCUGGAGCUCAGCGGCCUCGACCUGCUGCUGGAGGCCCUGGACCGGCUGUCGGGGCGGGGCUGCUCGCGCAUCGCCGACGCCCUCCUGCAGCUCACCUGCGUCAGCUGCGUGCGGGCGGUGAUGAACUCCUCGGCGGGGAUCCACUUCAUCGUGGAGAACGAGGGCUACAUACGCAAGCUGUCCCAAGCGCUGGACACGUCCAACAUCAUGGUGAAGAAGCAGGUGUUUGAGCUACUUGCCGCCCUCAGUAUGUUCUCCUCAGAUGGAUACCGCCUGGCGUUGGACGCCCUCGACCACUACAAGGGUGUGAAGACCCAGCAGUAUCGGCUCAGUGUCAUCAUGAACGAACUGCUGGCCACAGACAACGUGCCCUACAUGGUGACCUUGCUCAGCGUCAUCAACGCCACCAUCUUUGGGGCGGAGGACCUCAGACAGCGAGAUAAGAUGAGGAAGGAGUUUAUCGGGCUACAGUUGCUAGAUUUACUACCUAAAUUGAGGUGA